GUGUACCUACUUAUAACUUUAUUUACAUUGUAUAAUUGUUUAUUAUAUAACAAUAAUAUUGUGCUGUGAAUUUGUGGCUGGUGUAGUUGUGCGUGUGUGUACACCGUCGGCCGACAUUAACCUCCGUUGUAGACUCUAUAAUAGUGUGUAUGCACUUUGUAUUACGCGGUCCAGACGUGAUUUGUGCACUUGUUCAUAUGUGUGUAUGUGUAUAUACAUAUAUGUAUAUUCUGAGCAGGUAGAGAGUAGAGACAGUGUACAACCGUCAGGCUGCCACGGUCCACGGAGGAUCUUUCUCACACCCCCGAUUGCAUAGUUGUACUCUUGUAGUUUGUACUACUCGUUGUGCUCAGUAUACGGUACACACCCGGGACAGGACAAACGAUAAAGCCUUCCCAACGCCAUUUUGACGCGAUUCGACUCCAUUUGUGUGUACGAUUUACGGCGGUUGUCCGUACGAAACGAUUGCAUCUGACAGCAGAGUGAAAGAAUAAAUUUAUAGAUCGACGACCGCGAUAACAACAAUAACAACAAGCACUUUGGUAUCAGUGUCGUUUUCGGCGGCCAGUCGAGUGCAACGUCCAGAAAAACUUCGCGCGUCAGCGAGUAAGUUUCAAUUAAUUUAUUGAACUGCGAGCACCUAUAGUGUGUCCUACACGGUCGCAAUUCCUGCCGACAAUCAUGAGCUACCAACCCAGAGGAAUGUCUGGUAACAUGGUGAAUCCGAUCAACGAGACCAUGGACAUCAAAGAUCCUUCGUUAGUAUGGCAACAGAGUAGUCAGUAUUUACCGGACUCUGGAAUUCAAUCCGGAGGUAGCACUCAGACACAUUCUAUAACUACCAAAGAAGAUGACAUGGAGAGGGACCGACUUUUGUUUGAUCUUGAUCAAGGGUUUCCGCAAUCUUUUCCACAUGACCAAGUUGAUGGCAUGAAUCAACAUUUAGGCCAAACGUGUAGUGAAAAUUUAGAAGAUGAAGUGGAAAUGCCCACCCAAUUCAAUGUCAAUAGUGCUGCAAAUGUACAAAAUAUGACUGGACCAAGCCAAAUGUUGAAAUAUGCUGUUGUGAAUUUGAUCAACUACCAAGAUAAUGCCGAACUUGCAACCUGGGCUAUUCCAGAAUUAAUAAAGUUGUUGAAUGAUGAAGAUCAAGUUGUUGUAUCACAAGCUGCUGUUAUGGUUUAUCAGUUGUCUAAUAGAGAAGCUGCUUUACAUGCAAUUAUUAACAGCCCACAAAUGAUUGGUACAUUAGUUAAAUCUAUAUCAAACAGCAAUGAUCUGGAAACCACAAUUGGUGCAGUUGGAACAUUACGAAAUUUGUCUAAUCAUCGUCAAGGCUUAUUAGCAAUUUUCAAAAGUGGAGGAAUACCAGCUUUGGUUAAACUAAUGAGUUCUCCAGUUGUAACCAUUUUACGAGAUGCUGUGAUAACUAUUCAUAAUUUAUUAUUGCAUCAAGAUGGUUCUAAAAUGGCUGUUCGUGUAGCUGGUGGUUUACAAAAAAUGAUAUCUUUGUUAACAUUCAAGUCUAAUAGCCACUCGAUUACUGUUAAGUUUUUAACUAUCAUAACAGAUUGUUUACACAUUUUGGCUUGUGGAAAUCAAGAAAGUAAAUUGAUAAUACUUGCUGCACAAGGACAUGUUGAACUUGUGCGUAUUAUGCGCUCAUAUAACUAUGAGAAACUAUUAUGGCUUACUUGUCGUGUUCUUAAAGUUCUUUCGGUAUGCUCACGAAACAAACCAGCUAUUGUGGAAGCAGGUGGAAUGCAAGCUUUGGCAAUGCAUCUUCAGCAUGACAGUCAGCAACUGGUGUAUAAUGUUUUAUGGACUUUAAGAAACUUAUCAGAUGCAGGAACUAAGGUUGAUGGAUUAGAACAACUAUUGCAAUCACUGGUUGCAGCAUUGGGUCAUACCAAUAUUAAUAUUGUAACUUGUGCUGCUGGGAUAUUAUCAAAUUUGACUUGUAAUAACCAGAGAAAUAAGUUGACUGUAUGUCAGUUUGGAGGUGUUGAAGCUCUUGUGCGUGCAAUUAUGAAUGCUGGAGACAAUGAAGAAAUAACUAAACCUGCUGUUUGUGCUUUAAGACAUAUAACAUCUGGACAUGCUGAGGUAGAAAACGCUCAAAAUGCCGUUUGUCGUUCAGGUGGUGCUCAAGUUGUGGCAAAGCUAUUACAACCAUCAUCUCAUUGGCCUCUUAUAAAAGCUGUAAUUGGUUUAAUAAAAAAUUUAUCACAAUGUAAAGCUACACAUGGAUUACUUCGUGAACACAGUGCCAUACAUAAUUUGGUUGGACUUUUAAUGCGUGCUUUCCAAGAUCUUCAGAAUCAUUCAAACACUAGUGUAAAACCAGAAGGAGUUAGAAUGGAAGAGGUUAUUGAAUGUGUUAUUGGAACUUUACACAUAUUAGCUAAAGAAUCACUAAGUCGAUCAAUAAUGCGUUCUCACCCAGGAUUUAUGGCUAUAUUAAUACAAUUAUUGUUUAACAACUUUGAAAAUAUACAGCGUUUAGCUGCUGAUACAUUAAACGAGUUAGCUGCUGAUAAAGAAGGUGCCGAUAUGAUUGAAGCCGAAGGAGGAACUGCCUCACUUAGUGAAUUGUUACAUUGUGGAAAUGAAGCUCUUGCUACAUGUGCAGCUGCAAUUUUAUCCAGGGUUUCUGAACAUAAAUUACAAAAAUGUCUGUCCAUGGAACUCAGUAACUCAUUAUUUAGUGAAGAUCAAAAUUUAUGGCCAUCUGGUGAUCUUGGUAUAGCACCAGAUCUUCAGGACAUGAUAGGUGCGAACGAGUAUGAUAUGUAUGGUCAAGGAUUGAGCACUGUCUACAGCGGUGUAGGGUCACCCAAACAUAGUGCUUCAGGGUAUGACACGCUACCCUUAGAUUCAAUGGAAGGAUUAGAAAUUUGUCCUCGACAAGAUUCCAGUUACGGUUCAAUGGAUGUCGAUUUUGUUAUUCAAAAUGACAUGACUUCUUCUUUGCCACUCUAACAAUGAGAUGAACUAUGGCAUGUAUUUGAAAUUUAUUUUCAAAAUGUAUACGUUAAUUUUAAAUUAUUUGAAUUACUGAUUUAUGUAAUAAGUUUAGUUUUUAUAAAUGCCAUAAGUUAAGUUUAAAUAUCAAUGACUAUGGAAAUGUACUUACAGAUGGCUAUAUAUAAUUAAAUGUUUUAAGUUUAAAUCAA